AUAUCUCCCCCUUACCUUACCCCAAACAUAAAACAUAAAACAUAAAAGUCAUUCAUAAUCAUUUCCAUACAUUCCUUCCCAUACGGAUCCGGAACUUAAAUUAUACUUAAGCUUCGUACUGCGAGCACCCUCCCUAUCGUAUAGUGAAAGCAUAAUUACACAAUCUCACUUCGGCCUUUUUUUUUUUUGUAGCACUUUGCUGAAAAAUACCAUUGCCGUUUCAUCCUCAAUUCCUUAUAACUCCCAUUAAUUGUGGAUUUUUCAGACUUUUCAGUCUUUAUCUCAGUGUUUGAUUUUCUGCUCAAUAUCCAAUCUUCAUCUUCAUAAUCUUUUCUAUCGCUUAGUUUCAUAUUAUCUAUCCCUAGAUGAAUAUAUCUUCAUUACUAUCCCCUAAGAAAAUCUUGGGAAAAAAGGAUAAGAAUUCGAGCUCAAGUAAUUCGAGUAAAUCUCCUAAUGUCGCUGCUUUAACAGCUGCUUCAAAAGCGGCAGCUUCAUCAAAUAAAUCAUUACCUAAUUCAACUAGUUCAAGUGCAUCGACUACAUUAACAUCUAAUACAACCACUUCUUCAUCUUCAAAUUCCCUGAAUGGGAAACCUCAUCAUAUAUUAUCACCUCCUAGAUUAAGAGAUUCAACGACAAUCGCGACAUCGACAUCUCCGGAAUUUGGAUCCAGACCGCAACCACCACCUCUGUCAUUAGCUCAAGCAUUUAGAGAUGCAAACAAUCUUCCUACUAAUAGUAAUAGUCCAAAUAGUAAUUCGUUAUCUUCUUUACCAAGAUUAGAUGUUAAAAUCCCCUCCGGUCAAUUUUCCGAGUCUUCCUCAUUAUAUGGUUCAUCUCCUACAAGUCCUGUACAACAGGGUAAUCCAAGUUUAUCACCAUUUAGAGCUCCUCGAUUAAAUUAUAGUAAUGAUAGUAAUUCUAUACUUAGUGGCUCUCAAAGUCAAAGAAGAAAUUUAUCCGAUAAAAUUAAAACAACUCCUUCUUCAUUUGUACGUCAACUGAGAAUUUAUUCAAGUCCUGAUUUUAAUAAUUCUGCCACUGCUUCUAUACCUUCACUUAAUUCUUUAACUGGGAAAUCUUUACUUUUACAAAAUAAACUUGAAACUGAUAAUUUAUCACCGGAACUUGUUCCUAUAGUUAAUUUAAUUAAUGCUCAUAAACUUCGUACUUAUGCUGUGGGGAAUUUUCUGAUUCCUGCAGUAUUAGGUGAUCAAGAAACUGCUUGGUUAGAAGUUGAAGCAAAAUUAUCUGGUAAUGAAUUGGCUAUAUGGAGACCAGCAGUUUUUCUUGAUGAUGAUGAAGAAGAAAUUGUAAGUGAAAUUGAUGAAUUUAAACCAAAAUAUAUUAAUCUUAUUGAUUCAAGAGUUGAAAUUGGUCAUGAUUUUCAAAUUCAAAUUAUUAGUGAUUUCCAACAUGAUAAUGCUUUACUCAUAAAAUUUUUUUCUGAAGAUGAUUUUAUUAAAUGGAUUGCAGCCAUUCAAUUAUCAAAAUUUGAAUAUAAUUCAUUAAGUGAAUCCUUUACAGCUUCAAUUUUAUCAAAUAAAGGAGCAAAAUUAAGUGAUUUACAUGUUCUACUUAGUUCUAAAAAGAGAUUCCCCAAAUAUGAAUGGUGUAAUGUUAGAUUUCCUCAAAUCAAUUCAAAAUAUUUGAAAGUUUAUAUUGCAAUUUUACCAUCAGAUAAUAAAAAAUUAGGAAGAAUUGAAAUUUAUUCAACUGAUAAAAUUCUGAAUAAAAAUUUAAUUGCAUAUAUUAAUCAAGUCGAUAAUAUUUUUAAUGUUUAUCCUGAACAUUCAUCUAUGAUUGAUAUUAAUUCUAUUAUGAAAUUGAAUGGGGAAAUCUUUGUAAACAAAAACUUUGAGUAUUUGUUUUAUCAUGAACAAACUCCAUCUUCAAAUACAAAUCAUGGUAUUCCAUCUAGUUCAACUUCUUCUUCAUUGACAUUACCAAUUCCUUUUCUGAUGAAAAAUGGUGCUUCAUCUCCUAAACCUUCAAGAGUCGGAUCUCAUACAUCUUUAUCAUCAGUAACUUAUGCUCCUCCAAAAUCACCAACUCCACCUGCCUCACAUUCAAGAAAUGUAUCAGUAAAUUCUGCAACUUCUUCAUUCUUUAAUUAUGCUCCAUCUCCAAAACUUGAUGAUGUAAACAUAAGUCCAAAGAAACCGGUAAAUAAUAGAAAUAGAAGUGUAUCAUCUCCAGCCAAGAUAUUUGGGACAUUCACAAAUUCUAAUUCUAAUUCAAAUACUCCAACUACAUCUACAAAUCCAUUAAGUAAUAACACUACUUCCACAUCAUUAAAUUCAACUAAAUCAUCUACAUCUGCAUUUUUUAAGAAACAUAUUAAUAAUUUUGUUCAAGCCAAUUGUGUUUACAUUAUUCCCACUACUCAUCCUGGAGUUAAUCCUGUAGAAACUAUGAUUAGAAAUUUUAUCCCUAUUAUUGAUGCAUUCAGAUUGUAUGGUAGACCCGAUCAUUUAAAUAGUGAUAAAACUAAUCCAAAUUCAUUAUUAUUUGGUUUACCUUCAUUACCUAGAUAUCAAUAUUUAUCUGAUACUGAUGCGCAGAUUAUCGUUGAUAAGAACCUUGAGAAGGUGAAUGAAGAUUGGACUGAUGAGACUUGGAGAAAAACCUUCAAAUCAUUUAUUAGUGCAAAAUACUUAAAGAGUAGUGUGUCUUCAAAAUUCCAAGGAUAUGGGAAUAUUCAUGAUUUAUACAGUGAAUUGGAUUUAAAUUUAGAGGCAAUCUCUAGUCCUACGAUUUUAUUACCUAAAACUGAUAGUGUCGAAUCAGGCGAUAGUUUUAGUGAUAUUAUUAAUGUCAUCAAUACUCCACCUUCAAGAGUUGCUUCACCAUUAGCUGCAGCUCCUGCUAUAAAUAAUUCAAACUAUUUAGGUGAACCUAUUCAAUUACCUACUAGACAUGUUUCUUCACCAUUAUCAUCAGUUCAUCAUCGUUAUGAAGAUGAAGAACAACAACAACAAGAACAAAGUCAUCCUCAACCAAUUAAUAAGAGUAGUGGAAAUAAUAAUAUUCACAACUUAAGAUUAAAUGGAGAAGAUGAUUAUAAUGCAGGAAGAUCUCUUGAUCCUAUUGUCGAUUUACCUACCCCAUUGGAUGAACUACAUGCUUAUCCUAAUUUAGUUAAUUUGGACUUGCGUCUGGAUAAUGCUGCUUAAGAUUACAUUACAAUACAUAAUUUUGCUUUACAUUUUGGUGUCUUUAUGGUUUAAGUUGCAUUCAUACAUAUUUUUACCUCAUUGCACGUUUGUCUUGUUAUAAAUCUGUCUAUUUGUCUGUUUUUUUCUUUUGUAUAUUAU